GUUCGCUUCGCGCAGCUGCUGGAGGGAGGCUCAGCUCAACCUCUCCUCUCACCAGUCACGCUCCUCCUCCGGCAGCCGUCCUCAUGGCAACGCACGCGCGGAGGAGAGCGCAGCUUAGCAACGCAGAGACGGAGAGCAUCCAUCCCCGCAGGUCGAGACGCCGCGGUGCCAUCAGUAUCGCACUCAGAGGGAGGAACGACGGACAGGACGCGGCGGCGCUUCUGGAAUCAGCUCAAGUCGACGCGCGAUGAAGUUCGUGUUGGUGCUGGUGGGAGCGGGCUCUCUCGCCUUCCUCGGCGCGGUCAUCUGCAUCAUCGCCAGCGUUUAUCCCCGGAAAAGCGGCGCGACCGCCGGCGACAACGGCACCAUGACCUCGGAGGCGCUGAUCCAGCCCCUGGAGUCCGGGUCGGUGGCUCACGCCGGGCCGCUGGGAGCUCUGCACGGCCCCGGGUCUUACGAAGUGGACAACGGGCUGGGCGGCAUCGACCUGGAGGUCCCCACGCUGAACGAGCUGAAUCUGGGGAAGGAGACGGCGGGCGGGUCGGCGAAGCACAGCUUCAGUCGGCUGAUUUGUACCCCUCUACCUGUUGGGGAGUGUAAGACCAAAGACCUGAGGCAGAAACGCGAGCAGCAGCAGCAGCAGCCGCAGCAGGCGGACGAGCCUCCGUACAGGAACGGCGGAGACGAAGACCUCCGGACGACAGCGGAGAACCUCCGGCAGAUGGUCCUGCAGCAGAACGACCAAAUCCUCAUGGACCAGCGGACCAUCCGAGAGCUGACGGGCAAGCUGAGUGAGUGUGAGAGUGGCCUGGAGGACGAGCGGACCACGCCGGCGCGGAGCGUCGGGGUGUGGAACGGGAACCGCCGCGUGAUGGCCGGGGACGACGUGAGCUCCACCUCGGCGGCGCAGCUGCAGACGGCCCGGGCGGUGGAGGAGCUGGCCAGGGCCAUCAUGGACCUGAAGGACCGGAUCGAAAAACUAGAGGCGGAGAUCGGCCCCGGAGCCCUCAACCUCACAGACUCAUCGGUCGCUGGUGGCAUCGGCGGCGGCAACGCCCAGACCGGGGACACCGGCAGGACUCCGUCUUCGGCGGCCGGCGGCUCUCCGUCCCCUGCGGCGGGGGGUACGCCGGGAAGCCGUCGUCCUGCUUCCCCGCACCCCCACGGCUCCAGGCCGACCUCCUCCAAAGGCUCCGCCGGCCGGGGAAAGGGCGUCUGGAGGGUGGAGGACCUCGAAGGGGAACUGGAGAGGAAGAUAAAACUGCUGAAGAAGGAGCGCCAGGGCAUGAGGAAGGAGACGCAAGAUCAGCACGAGAAGAUCGACAAGGGCAUCGACUCCGUCAACCACCGCAUCAUGGAGCUGGAGCACACGCUGACAGAGCCUUCGUUUCCCGACGGCUUCGUCCUCUCCUUGCCCUUGCGGACCAGCUACAUGCACGGCCUGGUGAGGAAAGAGAUAACCGAGAUGUACGCCUUCACCGCCUGUGUGUGGCUCAAGCCCAAAGAGGGGGGCAUCGGGACCCCCUUCUCGUACUCCGUGCCCGGGCAGCCCAACGAGCUGGUCCUGCUGCAGGGGGUCCACAAUCCUGUCGAGCUGCUCAUAAACGACAAGGUGGCGCAGCUUCCACUGUCCCUACCCCAGAAUGAGUGGCAGCACAUCUGCGUCAGCUGGACCCUGCGAGACGGCGUGUGGAAGGCCUACCAGGGGGGCAAGAUGAAGGGCAGAGGAGAGGGACUGGCUGCCUGGCAUCCCAUCAAGCCUGGAGGAGUCCUUAUACUGGGACAGGAGCAGGACACGCUCGGCGGCCGUUUCGAUGCCUCCCAGGCUCUGGUUGGAGAGCUGUCCCAGUUCAACCUGUGGGACCGGGUGCUGAAGCCCGCUGAAGUGGCCGCUCUCGCCGACUGCAGCUCCUCGGCGCUGGGCAACAUCGCCCCCUGGACCGAUCAGGACGUAGACGUCUACAACGGCGCCACCAAGGAGUCUCUGGACCCCUGCCACGCCACCCAGAGGUCCGGCCCCUCCGGCCCCAAGCAGUGAACGCUUCACGGUGGGGGGAGGCCAAUCACCAGCCAAUCACGGCUCUGUUUGGCGGUCUACGUAGGAGUCCAUUCUGAUGUUUAAAAGUGUACCAAGCCGGAGUUUAGAGUAUAUUUUGCUUCAAGGCGGGCGGGGAAACUUGCCGGUCUACUGAGCGGCCUGUGCUGCCGCGCUGUAAAGAGUGGUGUAUUCGUUUUGUUCUUUGUGUUGGUGUACACGCACACGUGUUUACUUCUGCAGCGAGACGCGGCGCCUUCAGUCACAGAAUCACCUGUAAAGGCGGCACAGCGGCUCAGCUUCUGGCUUUCGCAGGCUCAAUGAGGACGCGUCUCGCGGCAAAGCUGCGUUUCCACUGACCGCAUACGUGCGCAAAUUGGAAUUCGCCGAAUGGAAACAAGAGGCAAUUUCGAUGAAACGUCCAUUUUUCGGUGAAAACGUUUGCAAUCGGAUGAGUUGCGAACUUUCGCAAAACCUCGCAAACACGGCAUGUCUUUUCAUUGUGUGAACCAACGUAUUUGCAUGACUUCAACGCCGUCGCUCAUUUGACGGCGACACAGCAAUUGCAAAAUUGUGUUUCUUUUCCCGACAACUCGCAGGGAAAUGGAGACAUCUUUGCGCACAUUUGCGGUGGAAACGCAGCCGGAGACGCGUCUUGUCGUUUAGCCUUAGGGGAUUGUACAGGCAGAAGGUCCGAUGGUUCUGUGGUUAUGCUAUGUUAUGUCAUGUCAUGUAUGAAGCUGCAGUUAGUCCAUUUCUAAGGUUUCUCAGACAGCACAGUGACACCAGGUUCUGUCUCCGCUCGUCAGGGUCGUUAUGAAACCCGAGACGCUGUUUGUGCU